AUGUACGGUGCCCCGGUUGGCCCUGAUGGUCAACCCAUGUACGGCGCUCCCAUUGGCCCGGAUGGUCAGCCCAUGCCCAUUGGCCCUGACGGUCAACCCAUGUACGGCGCUCCGGUUGGGCCUGACGGUCAGCCCAUGUAUGGUGCCCCCAUCGGCCCUGACGGCCAACCCAUGUAUGGUGCCCCGGUUGGCCCCGAUGGUCAACCCAUGUAUGCGCCGGGACCCGGUGGAGCACCGGGCACCACCAGCGAGGGGCUGCCGGGGCCGGCAAUGCCUGGACAGACGGUCAUGGGACCUACCACCCAGGUGAAGGUUCCUGUGGACAGCAUAGCAGAUGAAAGCAGUGCCACGACCACGCAGUGGCCUCCAGCACACAAGCAGAUCCAGGUGGAGGGUGAGCCCCAGUAUGUUGCCGGCAAGACCGAAGAGAUCGAUGCCCCUGCACAGGUCGGCACACAGCAGGUCGAGGAGACUGUGGCCGGGCAGGUGAAACAGCAGAUCGUGGAGAUCCCGCAAGUCCAGGAGGUUGUCGAGGAGCAGGAAAUCCCGGAGGUGCAGGUCGUGCAGAAGGUGGUCGAGGUUCCGCAGAUCGUGCAGCAGGAGUUUGAGCAGAUUGUGGAACAGGUCGUCCAGGUGCCAACGAUCAUCGAGCAGCAGAAGGUCUCACAUCGCCACGUGGAGCAGAUUGUGGAUGUUCCUGUGCCUCAGAUGGUCGAGGAGGUUGUGCAUGUGCCGGUGACACAGACCCAGGCGCGCCACUACCAUGUGCCCGUGGAGCAACAGGUGGAGAUUCCUGUCCAGAUGAUGCAGGAGGAGACCGUGCAUGUGCCCAAGGUCAUCACCCAGAAGCGCCAGAUGCACCAGCACGUUGAGCAGGUCGUGGAGGUGCCCGUGCCCAUGACACAGGAGGAGGUCGUUCACGUCCCGGAGAUCAUGACGCAGACCCGCACAAGACAAGAGCACGUGGAGGAGAUGAUCGAGGUGCCGAUCCCCAUGCAGCAGGUGGAGAUUGUUCACGUGCCUGAGAUUGUCAAGCAGACUCGCAUCGUGCACCAGCCAGUCGAGGAGAUUGUGGAGGUGCCCGUGCCCAUGACGCAGGAGGAGCACGUCCAUGUGCCCAAGAUCAUCACCCAGACCCGUGUAAGGCGCCAGCCUGUGGAGCAAGUCGUUGAGGUGCCGGUGCCCAUGACACAAGAGGAGCAAGUCCAUGUGCCCAAGAUCAUCACACAGACCCGCAUCAUGCAUCAGCAUGUCGAGCAGGUCGUCGAGGUGCCGAUCCCGAUGAUGCAGGGUGGGCUUGCCAAUGUUCCCCAGACUGGCCCCUAUGGCUCAGCGGCACCGACACGGGCACUCCCAGCUCCGAUGCAGAUGGCCCCAACGCAGCAGCUGGCCCCAGGGCAGCAGAUGGCCCCCAUGCAGAUGGCCCCAGGGCAGCAGAUGGCCCCAGGGCAGCAGAUGGCCCCUUAUGGUGCCGCGCCGAUGCAGAUGGCCCCCUACGGCAUGCCGAUGCAGGAGCAGGUGGUCCAUGUGCCCAAGAUCAUCCAGCAGGAGCGAGUGGUGCACCAGCACGUGGAGCAGGUGACGGAGGUCCCCAUCCCAAUGACGCAGGAGCAGGUGGUCCACGUUCCCAAGGUGAUCACGCAGGAGCGAAACCACCACUUCCACGUCGAGGAGAUUGUGGAGGUGCCGGUGGAGCAGCGUGUGGAGCAGAUUGUGCAUGUGCCCAAGGUCCAGAAAGUGGAGAAGAUCGUCCACAACCCUGUGGACUUGGAGGUGGACGUGCCGCGUCCGGUGGUUGUCGAGAAGGUUGUUCAGGUGCCCAAGGUUCACGUGGAAGAGAAGGUCGUCCGAGUGCCGAAGGUCCUGAACACCGUGGUGCACACCACCGUCCAGAACACCGUGGAGACCGUGGAGGUGGUCAAGCCUGUGGUGGUCCACAAGGUGGUGCAGCGCAAGAAGCCCAUCAUCCAGGAGGACGUGGUUCAAGUGCCCAAGGUCGUCGUGCAGCACGUGCCGAUUGAGAAGGUCGUGGAGAAGGAGGUGAAGGUGCCGGUGGUGCAGGAGGUGGAGUCGGUCGUGGAUGUGCCGGUGGUCAAGCACAGGCAGGUGCCCAUGGUCCAGAAGGUCGAGAAGCAGAUUCAGGUGCCCCAGAUUGAGUACACGGACCACCACGUCGAGGUCCCCAUCCAGAAGCAGGUGCACGUGCCGGUGAUCCAGACCGUGCAAAAGCAGGUGGAUGUGCCCCAGCUCGAAUACGAGGAUGAAGUGGUCCAGGUCCCCGUCCAGAAGCAGGUGCACGUGCCCGUGAUCCAGAAGGUCCAGAAGACCGUGAAGGUGCCCCAGGUGGAGUUCGAGGAGCAGAUUGUGCAGGUGCCGGUGCAGACGGAGGUCCAUGUGCCCAUCGUGCAGAAGAUUCAGAAGACGGUGAAGGUGCCUCAGAUUGAGUACGAGGACCAGGUGGUGGAGGUCCCCGUGCAGAAGCAGGUGCAGAUCCCCAUGGUGCAGACCGUGCAGAGGCAAUACGAAGUGCCGCAGGUCGAGUGGGAGGAACAGGUGGUGGAGGUCCCCGUGCAGAAGCAGGUGCAGAUCCCCAUGGUGCAGACCGUGCAGCGGCAGGUGGAAGUGCCGCAGAUCCAGUACGAGGACCAGAUCGUUGAGAUCCCAGUGCAGAAGCACGUGCACGUCCCCGUGGAGAUGCCGAGGCCGGGCGAUGCUCUUCCCCAGCUCCAGUACGAGGCAACCGAUCCCAGCGCCGCCCGUGCCAACCAGGCAAGCGAUCCCUUGGGCGCACGUGGCAGUGACCCGAACGAUCCCAGCGGCGCUGGCAGGGACCAGGCGAUGGAUCCUAGUGGUGCCCGUGGCCCUGGCAGGGACCAGGGGGCUGCGGAUGCGCCCAUGCAGCAGCAGGCGCCGGCUCCGAACCAGAGGAUUGUCGAGGUGCCGCAGAUCCAGUACGUCGACAAGGUGGUCGAAAUUCCGGUGCAAAAGCAGGUCCAUGUGCCGGUGGUAUCGACGGUGCAGCGAGAGGUGGAGGUGCCCCAGAUUGAGUACAUCGACCAGCACGUGCACAUCCCCAUCCAGAAGCAUCGCCAGGUGCUCGUGCAGGUUCCGGUCGAGCGCCCUGUGGAGGUCAAUGUCAUCGAGACCACGGAGAAGGUGGUGGACAUUCCGGUCGUGAAGCAGCGCGAAAUCCCGCAGGUGCAGACCAUUGAGAGGAUCGUUGAGAUCCCAAUGGUGCAGACGGUGCAGAAAGUCGUGGAGAUCCCGCAGGAGGGCCAGACCAUUCAGGGCAGCGUUCGGGAAGUGGACGUCCCUGGCGAGCCCCGUCGCGAGGAGCACCCGACCCAGACCGUGCAACAGGUCCUCAAAGGGCCUGACCACCCGCCUGAAGUCGUUGAGGGCGAGGUCACGGAGGCUCCGGCUCCUGCCCAGCCGCAGGGUACACCCUACGGGGCCCCGCAGCCCAUGACGGUGCCAGCGCAGGGCACACCCUAUGGUGCCCCGCAGCCUAUGCCGGUCCCAGCGCAGGGCACACCCUAUGGUGCCCCGCAGCCUAUGCCGGUCCCAGCGCAGCCGCAGGGCGCAGUCUAUGGGGCCCCGCAGACCACGGCCCCAGUGCAGAUGGCCCCCUCGCAAAUGGCCCCGGCCACCUACGCUGCCCCGCCGACGCAGAUGGCCCCGGCGACCUAUGCGUCGCCAACGACAACCACCAUCGGUGAUCCCGUGUACCUGCCUCCCAUCACUGCACCUGCCGAGGCGCAGGGCGCACCCUAUGGGGCCCCGCAGCCCAUGACAGUCCCCGCGCAGCCGCAAGGUGCACCGUACGGGGCCCCGCAGCCCAUCUAUGGGGCUCCGCAGGCCAUGACGGUCCCAAUGCAGCCGCAGGGCGCACCCUACGGGGCCCCGCAGGGCGCACCUUACGGGGCCAUGCCUGUCACGAUGCCAUCCGAGGGCUCCCCCUACGGUGCCCCGCAAACCGUGAUGCCUGGCUACGCUCCGGGCUAUGGGGCGCCGGUCACCAUGCAGGGCGGUGCGAUGCCAGGUACCGUGUACCCCGGCACUGUUAUGCAGGGAGCCCCCGGCACGGACUACUUCACCAUGAUGGACACCAACCAGGACGGCGUUGUGUCCCGCGACGAGCCAUUGGGCCGCAGUGUUCGCCGCAGCCAUGAGGUCAGGUGGCGUGCAGCCCGUUGGAGCCCGACUUCCACCUGCCCGGCUUGCGGCAACGUGUACGCGGACGACGCAGUCUUCUGCCGGAAGUGCGGCCGCAAGCGUGACGAGGCCUGGGCUGAUGUGGCGGCCUGGCAUCCAUCGGUGACUCACGGUCCCGAGUGCAUUGGUGUCACGCUCCCAAGCCCGGAAGCAUCGGGUCUGAUGCAUGCUCAAGGGCGCAGCACUAUCAUGGGUAGCUUCACCUACCUGUUGUGUUCCCUGAGAGAGGUGUUCUUGCACAACCGGCACACCUGA